AUGGCCUCCAACAAUGAAAACGCGUCCACGACAGUCCCCCACUACUCAGAAAACCCCUCGGCUUUCCCAAUGGAGGGAGGUUGUGUGUGCGGUCACUUCAGGUACCGCCUCGAGCAGGCACCAAUGGCUUCUCACAACUGUCACUGCACAGCCUGCCAGCGCGAGACAGGAUCGGCCUUCUCGCCCAACAUCAUCAUCGAAGCAUCAAGCGUGACGCGCCUGGCCCCAGCGGCGCCAACAAUACCCGCCCACCGCGGCGCACCAGAUACAAUCCCAGCGGCCGGGCCUGCGCCGCCUCCACUCGCCGGCGACAACAGCAACGGGCCACCCGACGACCUUCUCCGCGUGGCCAUCCCGUCCGAGUCCGGGGAGGGUCAGAUGAUCGUGCGCUGCCCGAGGUGCUUCUCCGCGGUGUGGAGCGAGUACGUGUUCGGUCCGCCGGUGAUGUUCAUCAAGAGUGGUACGCUGGACCGCGCGUGGCUGGUCGAGCCCGACCUGCACAUCUACGUGCGCAGCAAGCGGCCGUUCGUGGCCAUCGGCGACGGGAAGCCGCAGUUCCAGGAGUACUACGACCGCGCCGAGGUCUGGCGGCCCGAGGCGCUCGAGAGGUGGGCCAAGGUCAUGGUGGGCGUUCAGAAAUACUGGGACAGCUGUAAGGCGGGCAGGUGA